CCUUGGUUUUUCAACACAGCCAUUAAACUGUCGCGAAUCGUAGCGAACCGCAACGAUAAUGUUUGUGAUACCAACGAAUCAGUGGCGAUCAUUCUACCAACGGUCUACUGACUGAAAUGUUAUUUCAGAAACGAAUUCCACUGACAUUUCGUAGAAUCAAAGAUGUAAGAUGGUCGACUAAAGAUAAAUUGGAACAAUAUCGUGGGAUCCUUAAAUUACAUGCACGUGAAAAGAAGAUAAGGCUGCAAGAUGCUACAAAAUUGAAGAAAAAGAUAUCAUGGCAAUUAAGUACGUACAAACGAGAUGUAAACAAUUAUCGUCAAAUUGUUAACGAGAUAACGAAAGGAAUUCCAAAAGGUCAUGUGCGUGGUUUAUUGCGAAGUCGUAAAAAUUUACGAUUAAAAUGCCAAGGCCGAGAAAUAGAACACAUUUGUGAAUCUAUUUACGAGGAAAAUCAUAGGAAACGCUGUCAAUUAGAUAAGCUUCGUUACGAGAAGAAACGAAAGAUGAAACGAUGUUUCGAACUACAAGUAGAACACGCAGAGCUGUGCAAUAUUUACGAAGAAAAAAAAGACGUGCCAUGGACUCGAGCGCAACAGAGAUUGGUGUCGCGAUAUCAAAAAUUCGUUGCGAGACAAAAUGCAGCAAAGGCGAUAAAUUUAACGUAUGCUUACAUACUUGAAAUCUUAAAAAAGGAUGCGGUAUAUCACGAAAUUUUGUUGGAUAGCUUGAAACAAGAUCGUAUAAGUCAAUGUAAAGUGAUACUUCGAACAACGAUAAUGGGUCAACUUGCAACCGAAGAAACGAAUGACAUCGAAUCAAAGUAUAAACGUGUAGCACGAAACGUUUGGAAUAACAUGAAGGAGAAAGAACGUAUGCUAGAGAUCGUACGUGAACAAGUAGAGGACUUGUGGUCAUACGCGCAGUCCCUCAUACGAACCGAAAGCGAGGAGAUAUUAACUACAGAAAUUAUACGCUCUGGAACCACAUCGAAUAAAGCGUUAGAAAAGCAAAUAAGCUAUUUGGAAGGAAUAUUCGAUAAAAUCAAGGAUUCAUUGUUGAUCCAUUCUUAUCGAGAAUUGCUUUCAAGGUUGGAAGAACAAAUGAAACAACGAACACGACUGUUGGAACAAUUCGAUCGGAACGUGAAGGAGCGUGAUUCGUUGUUAAGUAAGAAAAAUGAGGCAUUGUCCACUCUGUCUAAUUUCGAGCACGCCCUUGUAGCCACUAUUGAGGAAUAUAACGCGGACAAAAAUAUCUUGCUGGAACAGAUCGCAAUGCAAAAAAAGCGUGAACUUGAACGAAAAAAUUCAAAAAAGGAACGCGGUGAAUUACUGAUGGACAUAAGAGCGGCUUUGCAGAAUAUGGUAGCGAUGUUGAUUUGUGUUAAAAGAGGUAAUAAAGUAGCAGCGAGAAAGCCAACGGAAGAAUUUGAUAAACGAUUUGACAUACCAAUGAUGGAAAAAAUGGAGACAGAAGGUUUAACAUUAUUGUCCACUGUUAGUCGAAAAGUAGGGGCACUAUUUGGAAUGAGCAAUUUCGAACUGGACAAAGACAGAGAAGAAAGAGCGAAAGACUUGUACCAAACUUACGUUUCCAAUUAUCGUUCAAAGAUCAAAUUCAAAGAUGCGGAAGUGGAACCAACGGGUCUCAUCGUCGAGCAUCAAGCAAUUGAUUCAUCGGUGCCAACGCGGGCAGAGAUUAAAUUAAGAAGUAAACAAGCUGUGGAAGCUUAUUUAAGACUGGAGUGAUGCCAUUCUUCUCAUUCCAUUCCGAUAUAAAAGUUACAACAUCGGUCAAUGUAAGAUUAACUCGGUCCCAUCCCAAGCGUUCCUUUUUUAUUUGUACUCUCAACCAAGAGGGUAUUCUUUUAUCAAUACUGCAUGCGUUUGGAUACUUGUAAGGUGCCUUUGGCUCUUUGAAAGGAUCAACGGUUUUUAGUUUUCUUAACAAAAAUUCUUUCAUUACGUCUUUGGAGUCCCUGUACUUGUCUAAAUAAAGAUUAAAUGGUUGUCUCAAUGGAAACCACGUUUGCGGUGCAAUGUAUGGUUUUGGAAAGUCAUACUGAAAUAUCGGUUCUUUUGCACCUAUAAGUAAAAAUUAAGUAAGUAUGUAUAUAUAGACAUAUAAUACAUUAGUGCGUUAGAAAUACUGAAUCCGACUACACGCACCUAAUGCAGAAUGAUAAAACUCUCUCACUGUAGGAUCCCAAUCACUUUGAAAAAAUGCUAGACCAGCUGGAGUAAGAUAAUCUUGAUAUUUUCGAUAAAACUCCAAUGUAUUCCAAUUACGUUCUUUUAACUGUAAGCUUAAACGUAAAUACGCGAUCUAAAUGAAACGUAACGAUAUGGUAUUAUCGCACACUAUACGAUCUACUUUUAACACUUUCUUACUUACCAAGGUUGAAGUCUAUUGUAUUCUGCAUAAUCUAAACGUUGACUUUGUUUGUACAGGAUAAAUAUAUAACGAUAAUAUCCUACUCCCCUAACUGGGAUUGGUCUCAUAUAAUCCAUUAUUUGCUCACCCUCUUCUACUCUGUUCCCUGGAAUAUUUCCU